AUGCAUAGCAUAUAUGAAAAUGCAAGGCGACUCAGCGCCACUCAAGAGCGGCCAACAAAUGAUGAAGAUGACGAUGAUGAAGAUGAUGAUGGCACAGAUGAAGAUGAUGGCAAAAGUGAUGAUGAUGAAGAUGAAGAUGACGAUGAUGAAGAUGAUGAUGACGAUGAUGAAGAUGAUGAUGGCACAGAUGAAGAUGAUGGCAAAAGUGAUGAUGAUGAAGAUGAGGAUGAAGAUGAUGCUGGUGAUGGCGAAGAUGAUGAUAUAGAUAAUAAUGGUGAAGAUGAUGAAGAUGAUGAUAGAGACGAUGACGACGGAGAAGAUGAUGAAGAUGAUGGUGAAGCUGAUGAUGGUGAAAAUGAUGAAGAUAGUGAUGAUAAUGACAAUGAAGACAAUGAUGGUAAAGAAGAUGGCGAGGAAGAUGAUGAUGUUAAAAAUAAUGAAGAUUAA